CGGUGCUAGGGCGGUGCUAGGACGUCGAGCGGGUGUGUGUACCGCGCCUGGGCAGUCUGCGCGGAGCUGACCCCAGUGUCUUGCGAACGGCCUCUACGGCUCCUGCCUCCGCUUCGCGAUCACCGGCCCUGCGGCCUCUCGUAAGGACUAGCGGCCUUCCCCGCAGCCGCCAUCUUGAGAGGCAGCUCCAGCUCCGUCUUCCUCAAACCCUGCCCCGGAGCGGCGAGUCUGACAGCCUGGCCAGAGCCCCCCAGCCUCUCAGUCAGUCACACACAGGGCACAGCCACUGACGUGGUCACACCACUCCACUCCCGUAGUGUUCAGUCACUGACAGUGGCCCUCACACACUGGACACGAUCAUUCACACCGACACGCCACAGUGUCACGUAGUCAAGUUUCAGCUACUUGAGUGAGUGCCAUUCCGCACAGAGUCACACACACAUGGGUUAAAGCCACUCGUCCAGUGUCACUCUACGCUGCCUCAUACAAUCCCUGUCACAAGUACAAUAGAUACUUACUCAUCACCCACUGUGUACCAGGCACUUGGGAUGCUGUUCCUGUCUUCAUUGGGAUAUGGAAACAAUUCUGGAAACUGGAAGUCCAAGAUCAAGGUGUCAGCAGGAUUGGUACCAUCUGAGAGCAGUGAGGAAGAACUUGUUCCGUACAUCUCUUCUAGCUUCUGGUGGUUUGCUGAAAAUCUUCAGCAUUCCUUGCUACAGGAAGGAUGUUACCUGUGACGAUGAGAACGUCAGUGCUGCUGCUGCUACUGCCCCUGAGUCAGGCUGUUCCCAAACACGGCACCACAAGGCUGGACCCUGAAGUGCAGCAUCCACCUCUACCCAACCCCUUCCAGCCAGGCCAGGAGCAACUUCAACUUCUGCAGAGCUACCUAAAGGGACUAGAGAGGAUGGAAGAGGAGCCGGAGCACAUGAGCCGGGAGCAGGUUCUCCUCUACCUCUUUGCUCUCCAUGACUACGACCAGAGUGGACAGCUGGAUGGCCUGGAGCUGUUGUCCAUGUUGACAGCAACUCUGGCCCCUGGAGCUUCCGACUCUCUCACCACCAACCCGGUGAUCCUGGUAGUGGAUGAGGUGCUGGAGACCCAGGACCUGGAUGGGGAUGGGCUCAUGACCCCUGCAGAGCUCGUCAACUUCCCCGGAGAGGCCCCGAGGCACACAGAUCUCAAAGAGCCCCCAGAGCCACAGGAUGUUGGGAGGCGGCCUCUGUUGGCUAAAAGCCCGUCAAGACAAGAAGCACAUGAAGCCCCAGGUCCCAGAGAAGAAGCUGGGGGACAGGUGGAGGCCAGAAGGGAGUCCUUGGAACCUGUACAGGAGGCUGGGGGACAGGCAGAGGCUGCAAGAGAAGCCCCAGGCCCUGGAGGGGAGGUUGGGGGACAGGUAGAAGCCAGGGACACUGGAGAGAGAGCAGAAGAGCUUCCAAGGGAAACACUGGAGUCUAAGAAAACCCCAAAUGAGCUUGAGGUUCAUGCUGUUCAGCUGGAGAAUGAUGCGAUAUAAACCUUGAGGAUACAGGUUUGCACACCUACAAGUCUCAGUGCCAGAACAUAUGCCCCAAAGGGUAGGGUGUGUGUGUUAGGACAACGACCACCUCUGUGCCCCCUUCCUGGCCCCAGUAGGUGGCAGGUCUUUCUGUGCAGUUCAGGGAGACCCUAAGUUGAAGGGCAGAUUUAGGGCCCAGAAAACCAAUAAAGAACCAAAUGAACCCAUCCCUCUGGGCCAUCGAUCCACUGGUCCAGCCUGCCCUGACCUCAGGCUGCAGAGGGUCGGGACUGGGCAGUCCUCUUGGGAGUGCAGGAAUUCAGUUUACCCAGUGUUCCCAGAUGGUGCUGAGACACAGCAGAGUACAGCACUAGGCCACAGCCAGCUGCAGACAACCCGGGGAAGGGAGCUCAGCCUUUCCCUGGGGCCUAACCACUAGAACGCCCUCCUGCAGUUCAGGGUAGAUCUUCUCCAUCAUCCUGUGUCUGCUCCCCACCCCUGAAAAUAUUAAUAAUUACCAUUUAUUGAGAACCUAGUACACACUGGGCAUCACGCUGGUCAUAUUACAUAUUGUGAUUUUAUCCUCAUGAUAAUUCUAUGACCAGGCAGAAUUAGCACCAUUUGACAGAUGAGGAAAUUGGGGAAGAUGGAGUUCAGUAAUGUACUCAUGGUCCCAUAGCUAAGUAAGUGGCAGAUUUGAAUUCAGGCCUGUCUGAGCCUAAAGCCCAUACCUUUUAUCACAUUCUACGGCCUCACCCCCCUGCCCCAACUCCCAUGUGGAAAUUCACCAAUUCCCAUAUGCCCUCAGACCAGGUCUCCCCCAGGGAAAGCAAUGCUUUGCAUUCCGGGUCACAUUUGUGGCUCAGGCGCCGCCUUAACUACAAGGCAGCUCCAAGGGUGGGGCUGUCAGGCUCGGGGUCAGUCAUUGGGGAGAUAUUUUUGGACUGCAGAGGCUCCGCCAAACCAGAGGAGGCUCCCUGCCCGCUGGCCUGUCAGGUUGGCUCAGCCAUGUGGACACACUUGUGGCCACUGGAGUCUUGUGACAGAGCUGGGGCCCAGAGGAGCUUUUCUCAUGGCUUGUGGUUAUUUGGAAGGUUCCCUGGGGUGCAAGGGGUUAAGUCUCCUCCCCCGCCAGAAAGGCUGGAAGUCUGGCCCUCUACCCUGAGCUGGGGCCCCAGCAGGGGCACAGCUGGUGGCAAGCCUGGGGCACUUCCUGCUGCUCUGGUCUGGGUGGCCCCUCCUCUGGGCCUGGGCAGGAGGUGAAUUUGGGGAAUAGAGAAAAAAAGGGCGAAGGACUGCAGGAUCAAAGCCUCCAGAAUCCCCAGCCAGAGCAGCUCAGACAUCGAAGACAAACAGACUGCCAGAAGGAAGCUGGCUCUGGGGAAGAUUUAUUUGCUCUGCAGCUCUGCCAUGUGAGAUGCCAGGUCACAGGUGGAGCCCUCCCACAGCCUGCAUCUGCCUGGGGGGGCAAGGCAGCCUGAUGCCAGCUGGCCAGAGAAGAGAGGGUGACGGCAGCCAGUGUUGCUGGCCCGGGGCGGGGAUGUGAGCCGGUGCUUCCUGCCACAGGGCACUCACACGAUGCCAUCGAAGCCCUGCAGACCACACUUCUUGCCCGCCACCUGGCAGCCAAAGCUCAGUGCCUCCUGCAUGCUCUUCCCUGGAGGGGGGGAUGGGUAGCCAGAUCAGCCAGGCCUUCUGGGCAGGGGCAGGCCCCGGCCCUGGGCCUGCUGCUGGGGUACUCACCCUGGGACAGGCUGAAGAUGACGGACGCAUUGAAGGUGUCUCCGGCCCCCAGAGUGUCCACCACCUGGGGCGGUGGGAAAGCGUCGGAGUGGAGCAGCCGUCCAUCAGGGCCCAGGGCAUCGGCACCCUCCUCAGCCCAGGCACAGACCAGCGUAGCCCUGUGACACCCUCCACUCAGCUGGGUGUUAGCCCAGCCCUGGCCCCCAGCCUCAUUAUCCCUCCCCGGGGCAGACCCUGGAGGCCAGGCUCCCUCACUCCCCGUACCCGGGCCGCUGCCUGGCUUCCGCUAGCUCACCCCUUCCUCACGCGACCGUACAGGCCCCUCAGGGCCUCCUUCGCUGACUGGAACCCAAAGUGCUUGGCCACAUCUUUGCUGACAAACACCUGUGGGCAGUGGAAGAGAGGCUGACAGUCAGCUGAGCUCUACCCCAGCUGUCCCUCACUACCAGCAACCUGCUCCUCCAUCGUGGCCACCUAAACCCCCAAGUAGCAUCUCGCUGUCCCUCAGGAACACGUUUUCAUACUUGCUCAGAUAUGCUAGAAAACAGCCAUGUAAAUUGUGACACGAAAGCCCCGGCCUAUUCUAAGAUCAACGAAUUUCCUCACAAUUGAAAACCCAGAGUGAGUCUUGAGGUCAUCUUGGGGCGCAAUCUACAACUGGCAGGUGAAACCACGGCUUUCAGGAGGGUUUUUGUUCUGUUUGGCUUUCCGCAUACAGCUAUGCCCUCUAGGUCUGAUUUCUUCAUCUUUAAAACAAAGGGACAGGGGUUCUAGAGCUUCCUUAACACCAGCUACAUAUUAGAAUCACCAGGGUGUUUUGUUAAAAAAUACUUCAGCCCAGGCUUCACCUCUACCAACCAAAUUAAAAAAAAAAAAAAAAAUGAGGGUGGGG